AUGGAUACUUACAGCGCUUCACAGAACGGAAGAGAAACGAUGGUUUCAAAAGAUGAAAACUAUCAACAAACCAUGGGCUCCGAUAUUGUUGGCUUCUAUGACGUAUCUAUGAUGAAUGAGCACUACAACUGUAAAGUUCUGUGUCCACCACAAAGUUCCGCUCAGUGCCAGAAUGGAGGUUAUCCCAACCCAAAUAACUGCUCGAUUUGCAACUGUCCAGGUGGAUACGGCGGUAAUCUUUGCAAUGAAAGGCCUGAUGGAUGUGGCCAAAGUUUAACUGCUGGUCCCGAUUAUGCAAUGUUAGCUGCUUCUGUUGGAGAUGGCACAACUAUGACGAAAAUCGAUUUUUCGAAGUGUGUCUAUUGGAUCCAGGCGCCGGUAGGAACGCGGGUUGAAGUUCGUAUAGAGAGCCUACAGGGUUAUUCAGUGGAUGGAUGUAUUUAUGGAGGAGUGGAAAUCAAAGCUCAUGCCGACCAACUACGAACAGGAUAUAGGUUUUGCUCCAGAGCGAGCGUUGGAAAAACGUUGGUUGCUUCGUCGAAUCUGUUGCCGAUCAUAACAUUCAAUCGCUUUGGCAGAUCGACUAUUGGGUUGGCUUACCGCUACGGUAAGUUAACCACGUUACGUUUCUUAGGUUUCUAUUUCCUCGCUAUCCCUGCUAACCAUGGCCAUGGCUACACCGACUUCCAUUAG